CGUCAGGCGGGCCGGAAGUGAGCCGGGGACGCGGGAGAGGCCGCAGGUGAGAUGAAGCCGGCGGUGGACGAGAUGUUCCCCGAGGGCGCCGGGCCCUACGUGGACCUGGACGAGGCUGGAGGCAGCACCGGGCUCCUGAUGGACUUGGCAGCCAAUGAAAAGGCAGUUCACGCUGACUUUUUCAACGCUCACUGUUUACCCUGCACCGUUUGGAACGCCCAGGACCGCCGGGGCUCUUCGAUGUCCCCUCCCCGCAGUGGCCACACAGCGUGCUCCUGGUAGUGGGCAGGGCUGCGUGGACACAUAGACUGUGACUGCCACCUCGCAGUUCUUCUAGCACCUUCCUCCCGCCUGCCCCGGCCCCCCCCUCGCGGUGGGGUCUUCUGCCAGCCGCACCGCCUCACCUCCGCCUGCGUUCUCGUAAGAUGGUCGCCGACACCGAAGAUUAAAGAUGUGUUCCAGACC